AUGACCUGUCUCAAGGAUAGAUUGAAUAUAACUGGAAAAAAUAGAGAAUAAAAUGAAAGCAAGUUUAUCUCUAAUAGCUGUAGACAUGAAUUUACCACUCUAUUAACUUUCUAAAACAUUUACGAUAGAUUACUGAAUAAGCACAAACAUGGUUUGUCACCAAAGAUAUCGCUAAGAAACUAUCCGGGAAUCACAUCCGUAAAAGCAAAUGAAUGGCCUGAAAGAUUAAACAAUAUCAAUGAUUUCAAAUAAGCUUACCAAACAAUUAAUAAAAUCAUUCAUAAAAAGAAAGGAUAGAUAAUGGCCAGACUUGAAGCCCACAACAUAUUGGAAACAAUUUAUAAAGUCAAAGAAUUUUAUGAAGAAAAGUUUGCAAAGUUAUAUUAUCCCCUCCGAUUAAAAACAAAGGACUAAAAAAUUAUAUGGCCCAACCUGAAAUAGGGUUUGUAUUUUGGAAAAUAAUCAAAAAGAUCCCCAAAAUUUUUCUCAAUAUCUUUAGGAGUAUUUCCUCAGACAAAGCCCAAGUACCAGAUAAAAUAUGAUAUUAUAGAUGGCUAAAACGAUAUGACAAUGCUAUGCCCAUUUCUUGGCUCGAAGACUGGGCUAACGGUAAGGAAAACUCCCGCCAUGGGUUAAUAUCACCAACUAUAUGGUACAAUCGAGAGACUGAUUCAGCAAUCCCAAAGUUGA